AUGGAUAGACUGCGCAAAGUGUCCGAAUGCCCGCAUCUAGCUCAAACAAUCAAUUCGAUAAUCAUAUUUCUAGAUUCGAGUGAUGCGAGAAAAUGGAUUUUUUACUUUUCAGAUGUGAGAGAGAUUCUUCGGAAACGAAUCGCUAAUGAAUCUGGCUUCUGUGAUCCCGUUCACUUGGCAAAAGCUUUCAGUAGUCUUCCUAAUUUCAAAAGCCUCACGGUCACCUCACUUAGUUAUCCGCUUUCGGAUGAUAUGUUUCAAUCGACGUCAACAUGGAUUCCCAGUUGGAACUCGACAAUUGAAGAAGAGCGAACACAAUUUGUAGCGGAUGAUUUGUCUCAAUGGUAUUACACUUCGAUAGUAGCAGCAAUCAAUGCGGCUGGUGUGGCUCUUUCAUCCGUUGAAUUUGAUUGUCUACCCAUGGAUUGCUUGUCAUCCCAAGAACUGGGUUCUCAUCCUUUCAUUCCCCUACAACCCUCUCUGCAUCGACUUUGUCUUUUAUCUGAGUGUUCUGGCCAUUCAUAUAGAUCUCUCAGUGGUCUAGUCACCCCUUUUGAGCAAUUAUCCAUUGGAUUCUGCGACUAUGGAUCUAUAUCCUGGCAGGAUUCGCUCGUCGCUCAAAAAAUCACUGACCUUUUGAUUUCAGCUCAGCGUCUUCGGAGAUUAGACUUAAUGUUUGUAAUGAAUCUUUCUACAAACAUGACACCAGACUUUCAGAUUGCGUGGAAAAAUUACUUUUAUAGCAUCACAAUCCCUCGUUUGGAAAGUCUUCGUCUUCAUCAAACAGAUAUUCCAGGACCCCUUCUCAUUUCAUUUCUCGAGCGACAUCAGUCUACUCUCAGGAAAUUGCGUCUUAGCGGAGGAUAUGGAUGCGGACCUGGUAGUGGUUGGAAUCAUCUCACACGAUUCCAAUGA